AAUCUACACAACUAUAUCUUCUUAAAUGAGAUUGUAAAAAAUGUUAAAUAAAAAAAAAUUAGAUAGGGAAGUACUUACUAGAAAACUAUAAGUAACUUAAUUUAAUCUGUAAUUUAAAAGUUAUAGGUACCUAGGUAAAUACUAUGAUGUUAUUAUAUUUAAAUGUUUAAUUGAAAUUAAUUAGUAUGCACCUAUAACCUAUAAGUAAUUAAGAUUAACAUUAGAAGUGAUUAUUGUUUAGCUAUGAAAAAAAUAAUUUAGAAACCUAUAUUUAGUUUUCUCCCAAAAAAGAUGUACAAUACAAUAUCAUUUAAUUUAUGAUAAACAUUUUCGUAUAUUGAUAAUAUGUACCUAUUUUAGAAAUGUGAACACUAGAGUAAAUCAUUGAUUCAUAUAAAACAUUGUGCACAGCCGAUUCUAGAAUAUCACAUUUUUCCUAAUAACUACCAAGUUAUCUAUAUGAUUUUCUGCAAGAUUACCAAACAUUUGUACACUGAUUUCCAUUAGUUAUUUACUCUCUCCUAUAACCUCAAUUUAAACCGAGAUUAAAACUAGGUAGGCAUAUAAUAAUAAAUUCAUUAAACAUAUUAAUACUAAGAAAUCAUUAAUUCGAAACUUAUGCCUAAUUAUAUAAUAGGUGAUAGGUUAGGUUGAGUACCCGUAAGAAUAGCAUUUAAAUAUUCUAAUCAACAAUGAAUUUAAAUUAAUAAUUUAUUCAUUUAUUUAUUAUUAGGCAAGACUUGUUUGCUAAUUUAUAGAUUUUGCCCCUAUAGUUAAAAACAUUUCUAAAUAAUCUCUUAAAUAUUGAUAUAAUAUGUAGGUAAUAGGUACCUAAACAAAUGAUAAUGCAAAUUAAUAAAAAUGGAAAACAUCUGGGAGACUGGGAAAAUGGAUAAAUUAUAGAUAAUAAUGAACAAAGUAUAUUACGAAUUAAAUGUGAUAGGGCCGGACGAGAUUAAAGAUUUAGAACAGUCGAGAGUAAUGAAGUGGAAAAUGGGGUGAUAACAAUAAUACAAUGUCAAUGAUCACUAAUGCUGAUAGCAAAUUAAUUUAGCUAAAUUAGGUAUUUACAAUCAACAAAAGCGAUGGUACUUAUAGACAAUAGGUACCUUUAAAUUUCUCAACCGAAAUCCGAUUAAAAUGAAACAGAACAAAAAGCCAGGAUGUAUACCUAACGAUCGGGUCAAGACCCAUCAACGACCUCGGAGUACAGUGACCCUGAUCAAGUGUUACCGAUAAUACACAGGUAUUCCAGAGUGGAAUUUUCGCCAGCGAUUAUACUUAAGUACCUGGUACUGUAAUAUCCAACCACCGGUGGCAGAUUCAUAACGUAACCGACGAAUAACUAAAAGUACCUAUAUGCUUGAUUGUAAGUUACUCAAAGUUAUCGGUAAAUGACGGAAGUACAAUUUUUACAUAAUAUCUACAUAAUGGAUAGGUACGGAAUACAUUCAAGUGGGUAUUGCUCACCUGUAAUCGUUUCAAUCGUCCGUCCCUGGCCGAAUAAAACACCGAAGCUGCAAUCGUUACAAUAUCGUUCAUAUUACAUUCGCUGUCUUCCGACCUAUCACUAUGACAUGUCGUCAGCAGCCGAGAGACACGCGUCCGGAGAGCCGUGUUUACGUUUGUCGAAACGUUGCGUUUAGUACGGGAAUCACGGCCGCCGUCGCUUCAAGCAAGCGCACGCACACGGGACAACGGGUGACCGCGAAAAAACCCUUUGAGUUAAGUACUCGGCCCUAGACCCAAGAAAGACGAUCGUGACGUAACGGCGUGAAAUCGUUCAAGACACGAAUACAGCAACCGUUCGGCGAUAUUAUCCUACUUUGGGUAAAGACGAAUAAAAAAUAUUGUAAUUAUUUUGCAAUAAAACACUGGACACAGUCUACCGCCCGACACGAUUUUUGGUCUCGGCUGGCGGAAAUACUGCGCGUAGCGGUCGCAAUCACCGUGUGGUGUGUGGUUAAUGACUGGCGCGAAAUCCGUCCUCACGGAAACCAAACUGACAACGGCGGACGGACCGACGGUCGACGAACGGGCAUAACCGAUUGAACGUAAUGGAAACAACAGCAGAGAGGUGGUGACUAUUCGCUUUUGUCAGUAAAGUUGACCUUGACAGCUGUAUUUAUUGUCUACACGGAGUCAGUAGCGAGACGGUCGGUGCAGCAACAGCUGACAGAGACAGACACCGCCGAGUACUGUCGGUUACCGAAUACCUGGUUCACAGUCAUAGUUGAUAAAAUAAAUAUGCUGGCGAUAAUGUCCUGGGAAAUUGCGUAUAAAAUCUAUUUAACGUGCCCACUUUCCAAUAUUUUUCUAAAUAAAUCUCGUCUUUAUCUUCGAUGAUAUAUUACAUAGACACAUAAAUCAUUCGUGUCUAUGAUAGUAUGUUAUUAUAUUAUAUUAAGAAUAAAUAUUAGAUAACCGUUUUUCCGUUGACUAUUUGACUAGCUCUCCUUACCGUCUGCAUGCGUAUGGCAUCCUCGAAAUUAAUGAUCCAUUUCGCGUAGUCGUGUUUAUUACAAACCUAUAAUUAUUUUCGUGUCCAAUUCAAUGAACGUGUCUUUUAGUUAGCCGGCUCGGGCCUUAUAAUAUUAGAAUAAUACCACUACGACAGCGGACGUAUCCAAAAUUAUCGGAGUUCGAGCUAUGAAAGUUAUUUAAAGCGGUCGACGUCAACAAGGAGAUGCAUUCGACGUUGGCAACUGGCCAUCCUUUGUAACUGAUUGUUUAUUGUCGCAGUUUCGCACGCCGCCUGUGGUUAACAAUCAGCAGUGGCUGUGAAAAUACUCUGAAUUGAUCCAAUCAAUACUGACCACUCGCCAUGAUUCAAACCAAUGGAAUGUUCAGGAACGUGUUCUUCCAACCUUACAACGAUAAGAACAAUUUGAAGUUGCAAAACUCCGUCAAAAGUAAGCCUUCCUUUCCCCAUAGAACGUUGGACAAUCGCUAGUUUUACUGGUAGUAAUAGGUACUUCUGACUAACUCUUACAAUGACUGUUUUUUAACAGUUUUUAUUUUGUUUAAUAAGUAGGUGCCUACUUAUAAAUAAAUUAGGUAUAUGCAGACAGGUACAUACAGAAUUAUGUAUGCAGAUUAUGUUAUAAAUGUAAGAGUUAUUAGUAAUUAGCAUAUUUGCGUUUAGUAUUAAAUAGGUAGUGUUUUUAGUUUUUAUACGUUAUAAUACUUAUUAUACAGGUUAUACAAUAUAAUAGGUAACCUGUUUGUUAUUAAUAAUUUAUUUUAUUUUAUUUGUAAUUUAUUUUCCUGAGUAUAUUCUAGAGAGGUCUUCACAACUACCUAAUUCAUUUGGUUAGUUGCGAGAGAUUAUCUGUGCAGUAUUGUUAUUUGUUAUAUUUUCUGUAUGAAAAUAAUAUUAUUUUUAAAAUAAGUGUAGUACUUAAGUAUCUUUGUUCUAAGUAUUUCUAUUUACUAUUAAAUUAUUUUUCAAUAAUCGCUCUACUUGUUUCUAAAAUUUUAUGUAAAAAUAUAUUAAGAUUGCUACUGUUAUAUCUAUUGUUGUUAUAUAUCAUUAUUUAUUAAUCACACAGUUUGUCUGUCUGUUCAUUUUUAUUCAAAUAUAUUUUUAAUUUUUAAUUUAUAGAUAGCAAGCAUUUAGUACAACGGUUAGCCUUAGAAAAAGUGUUGGAUCAACAUAAUGGUUGUGUAAACAGUUUACAUUGGAAUGAAACUGGAAGUUUGUUACUUUCAGCUGGUGAUGAUAAAACUAUUAUUAUAACAAAUCCAUAUACAUAUGAGCUUAUUGUUCAUUAUAAAACGCAACAUAAAACCAAUAUUUUGUGUGCGAAAUUUCUACCUACUACAGACCACCGUAUUAUUUCAUCUGGCGGAGAUGGAUCUAUUCUCAGCCUUGGUAACUUGUUUUAUAUUUAUUAUGUAUCUACUAAUUAAAAAUUAAUAUUAUUGUAAUAAAACAAAAAAAUACCUAUGUAAAAAUAAAAAAGAUCCAAAAGAAUGAAUGGAUUUUGGUGUUUAAAUAAACUAAGAUCCAAAGAAAACAAAUACUCAAGAUAUUGGUUCUUAAUGUGAGAACAAGUGCACUAUACCAUGUCUCUUACAAAUUUCAAUUUUCAAAAUAAUUUGGUUACUUCAAACUAGGACUUUGGUGACUUCUGUGAGAUUGUUUUGGAAUUUUUCAAACAUUUUUUUUGAUUCAGUACCUUAAAACACACAUUUUGAAAAAAUCGAAAAAUGAUCACUGGUGCUAAAUUGCGUCUAUGCUGAAGUUUUUGAAGUAUUUUUGUUAUAGCUUCUUUAAUAAUGAUUUCCUCAAUAAAAUUUAAAUAUUUAAAAAUCAGCAAAAAAAACAAAAAUAACUCAUUUAAAAAACUAAUAAUAAUGUGCACUUAAGCCCCUUAUGUGUAUUAGGCAUUACAUUAAAAAGUUUGUAGUAAACUAUUGUCAAAAUAUUAAACUUUUAUUUUGUAUGAUGUGGAAGAAAUAUUAUAGACGGUCCUGCAGUUGACUGCAUGCAGCACAUGCGAUCGUCUCAUGAAUGCAGUCGGUUCCAUAAGAUUAUGUAUAGAUUAUGUGCAACUGUCACAGCAGUUGCUGUUUGCAGUGACUGUAGAAACAAAACUGUACCUAUAAUAAAAUUAUGUAACAUAAAUUUACUCAAACAUAUCAAAAUGGAUUUAUGAUUUAGUCAGAUUUUUAAAUAUUAUUUAUUAAAAAUGUUUAGUAAAAAUAAAACCAAUUUCUUAUAUAUCUACCUAUAAUAUACUUAUUUUGAAUUCUACUUUAUUUUUUUUUAGAUUUGAAAAGACUUGAACGAACAGAAUUCAACUUUUUCAAUUGUCAUGAUGGCCCAUGCUAUGAAUUAGAAGUAAUACCAGGUGAACCAAAUACGUUUUUAAGUUGUAGUGAAGACUGUACUGUUCGCCAAUUUGAUCUCAGAAGUAUUGAUAAGUGCACUAAAAAGAAUUGUAUUGAAGUAAAUGAGACUUUAUUUGAUUAUAUUUAUUAUAUUAAUUUUUAUUUAUCAAAUUCAUACAGAAUAUAUUGGUUGAUUGUGGUAAAGCAGUUUCUACUAUUGCAAUAAAUCCAAUUCAACCAUAUCAACUUGCAAUUGCAACCAUAGAUAGUGUUGUCAGAAUAGUUGAUAGAAGAAAAAUGAUUAUUCAUGGUAAUUAAUUGCUGUAUUUAUUUGCUUAUGAUAAUUAUAACUACCAGUAUUAGGUAUAACAUAUUAUAAUUAAUGUAAGAACAUUUAUUUUUUAAAUAUUUAAAUACACAUUAAAGAGUAUUUAAGAUGCAUUUACAUGGUGACAAUACCUUUUGUGGAACUCUUGUGUAAAUCAAAAUAGUAGUACUAUUUCACUACCUAGAUGAACUGGAUGGUUAACAAUAUUACCACCAUUAUAUGACCAUGUUAUUGUGUUAACAUUUUUCAUAUAACACUAAAACAUAUCAUAUACAAGGUAUUUAUUAACAAAAUUAACAUUAACUGUGAUACAUUUAAAAUUUAAACUUUUUGUGUUGUAAUAGAGUUCGAUUUGUUCAUGAGAGUAUUUGAAAUUCUUAAGUCAUUUGUUCUUUGUAUUUUUAUCUAUGAUCUUUUAUGUUAACGUGUUUUAAGUUAUUUUGACCACCAUUUCUUUUUUAAAUUAGUCCUUAUUACUUUUAAUUAGGGGUAAAUUUUAAAACUAAGAAAACAAAUUGAUUCAGCACCCACCAGUCUAACUAUCAUGUCGCAAAAACUUAAAAAUUAAUUCACUAAUAAUUCUACUUGUAGAAACUAUUAGACUAUAAUAGUUUGUUUGAAUCAACUACGCUGGGCGGGCUGUUCAUGACUGGUGUAUUUCACUAUUUAUCUUGAACUAGGCUUAGUACCUAUGAGUAGUAUUUCAAUUAAUGUAAUAGAAAUAUGAAAUAUGGAUUUUAAAUAAAUAUGAAUAUUUCAAACAUAUAAUAAUAAAUUAAAAUAAUAAGUGAUAAUAGCUUAUAGUUAUCUCGACUGUGUAUUAAUUUGCAUUCAUGUGUAAACAGUACCUCUCCAAUGACAGUAACUGUUAUGGAAUUGUAUGGAAAUGCUUUCAUGGCAGUAUUGUCACCGUGUAUAUGUCAAUAUAUUGCUAAUUUAUAUUAAUUAUUAUAGGAUCCAUUUUACUUUAUUAUUUUUAAAAACUAAAUAUUCUUUUAUUUUAUGUGUCUAAAAAUGUAUAAUAUUUUUAUUCACCUGAACUAUUUUGAUAAAAUUUAAAAUAGUUUACAGAUCAAUUUCAACUAUUAAAAUAAAAUUAUUGAAUAAAUCGUCUAUAUUAUAAUAAGAAAGCAUUUUUUUAAAAUUAAACCAUAUAUUAUUAUUUUUUUAUUUAUAAAUAUUUUACAAAUAAGUAUUAAUGAUUUUUAUUUUGUUUGUUAUUAGAUCCAACUCAAAAAAUUACUCCGGAAUAUUCCUUUACUGUUCCUCAACUAAAUCAUCGUUCCUAUCGUAUAACAUCACUUUCAUAUUCACCAGAUGGUAGAGAUAUGUUAGCCAGCUAUGCCAAUGAAGAAGUAUAUUUGUUUAGCCUCAAUAAAGAUCCUAAUACAACUGCAGUUGCAAAUGACUUUUUAGAAAAUGCACCAUGUCCACCUCCAUUUAGACGAAUACGAUUGAGAGGUGAUUGGGCAGACACUGGACCCUCAUCUCGGCCAUCUGGUAUGUAUUAAUUUGUUAAAUAUAUAAUCGGAAUUAUACCCAUUUUUGGAAAGGUAAAUAAGAUCUCAAAGAUAAUACAAUAUUAUUGUAUUGCAAAUGAAUAAAUCAAAUUUUAAUUAUUUUAUUCAUUGCAAUAUUGUGGCUGAUAUGGGGAGAUAAAUGAUUUAAAAACAUUUUGUGAUAACAAUAAAUAACACUUUCUUUGGUCUGUAUUAGGUGGAUUUAUGGUCUCUAGUUUUAUCCCUUAAUUUACUUCAAUAUCUGAAUACUAUAAUCUAGAAUGCACCUAUUAUAUAUGUUUGAAGAAAAUGAUUUAUUAUUGAUAUAGAAUCUUCAAUGAGAUCAACAAUGCAAUCUGCAGUUAUGACACGGAUGAGCGACAUGUUAGUUCAUGUAUUUAACACACCAUCAUUACGUAACGGUCUUAUGCAAAACUGUAAAUGAAUCAUUAUUUUAUAUUUAUAAAUUAACAAUGUUUUAAAUAAAGUUACAACAUUUUAGGGAGACCAAAUUAUAGUGUAUUUUCAUCACCAUUACCAGAUGUUAUUGAACGCAGUUUAAACAAUUUCAACAACAUUGAACCACGGACUCCAUUAGAAAAUGAACAAGGUGAACAUUCCAUGGAGGUUGGCAUUGAAUCUGUAGUUAAUGAAAAGUAAGUUUAAAUAUUUUUAUAAUAUUUAUUAUUUUUCAGUUUACAAAAAAGAAAUUAAUUUUUAAAAAUUAUCGUAGAAAAACUGCACAUAAUGUCACUAUUUUAUGUGAAAAGUUGUAAUAGUAAAUUUUUGAACAAUUUAAAUUGAAAUGCAGUUUAAGGGGCCAGGAAUCAAUUACUAAAUUUUCUUCAGUUUUGAACUAUUUAAAAAUUAUUUUUUUUACAUUUUAAUAACCAUCUAUGAUUACUACGUGGUACUCGGUUAAGUAUAAAAUCAUGGGCUGUUCUCCUAGUUGUAAAAGGUAACUAAUAAGAAUACCGAAAAUCUCAUGAUAUAAGAAAUCAACUCUGCAAAGCCAACAGUACUCCAGAUGAGUAGAAAAAGCAAUUUCUUGUUCUCGAGGUGAUAAACUUCCUUAUAGAGAGGUGGAUGAAUCAAUCAUAUUUUGGUCAAUAGCUUGAGGAUGCAAAAGGCCAGAGGGAAAUUACUGCAUUAAAUAUACCUAACAUAAGUAACCAAAUGCCAAAAUAACCUUAUUUCUCGAAUAAAGUUAAGGGUAAGUUACCUGUAUCAAAUAACUCUUAUUUGAUAGAUGACUUAUAGUCAUUGGAUAUAGCCAAUAAUAUAAAUAUUAAAUAUUUCACCUUAUUAUUAUGUAUUUUAUUUUAUAUCCAUUUCCUACUACCUGAAUUUAUCAAUUUGGAUUUAAAAUUAAUUUAUUUGAAUGUGAUGGCAGUUACAAAAUAAUUCAGCUAUGUGUUCAGUCAUGUUUUUAUACUACUAUUGAAUGUAUAUACUAAUUUUUAAAAUCAAUGAUAUUACAUAUGAGAAUUAUAAUAAUCAUUAAAUUGAUAUUUUUAAAAUUUAAUAUAAAAGUAUUUCCAAAUCACUAUGAAUGCUUGGCACUAAAAACUGUGUAUGAAUUUUUAUAGGAACCACCUUCUGCAUUGAAUUUUAACUAAUCACUUAUUAUUUAUUCAACUAUAAUUAUAGUGUAUCUUCUAAUAACAUUGAGCAGUCUGCUUCAAAUAGCAACAAUCAAAGAGCUCCAAAAAGAAUAAAAUCGAAAUCAACUUUUGAGUCUCCGGGAUUUGAUGAUAAUGUUCCACUUCUACCAUUAAAAGGACAAUACAAAGGCCAUCGAAAUGCUAGGUAUUUUAAAUUAAAAAAAUAUAUUGCAAUAGAAAUACAUUUUUAACCAUUUGUUAUUAUGGUGUAUAUUACUAAUUUUUUUUUAUAUAAAUGUAUAGAACUUUAAUUAAAGAAGCAGUAUUCUGGGGCAAUAAUUUUAUUAUGUCUGGUAGUGAUUGUGGACAUGUGUUUGUAUGGGAUCGUUAUACUUGUGAAAUAGUCAUGUUGUUGACAGCAGAUGCUCACGUUGUUAAUUGUGUUCAACCACACCCUACCAGACCUAUACUCGCUACAUCUGGUAUUGAUCAUAAUGUUAAACUUUGGAGUCCGCUUCGUGGUAAUAAUAUGUUUUCUCAACUUCAAGUUGAUGAGGUAAAAUUAAUAUAAAUACGGAUGGUGUUUGUGAAAAAUGGUAUAAAUCAAAUUUAAACAUGUUUCAGGGGACAAAAAUAAAUAUGCACUAUAGAUUUAUUUACCCUUUUGAACCUUCAAAUUUUCCUAUCUUGACUUAUUAGGCAUAAAUCAUAUGUUAUAUACAUAUCAAGAUAUGUUCAUUAUAUUAAAAAGGAAACAAAUUUCAGUUGCAACAAUUGAUCUGUUAUAUAAUUUCUUACAAAAUCUAUGUAUAAUGUAAAAUUUGACCAUCUGUAACUUAUACCCUUUUUUGUGAACAUUGUCCUACACAUUUUUUUACUAAAUUAAAAAUAUAAGGUACAAAUGAUUUAUAGAAAUCAAGAAAUUAGUAUUAUUCUAGUGUGCUUUUCUUCAUAUGGAUUAUGUUUCAUCAAUGAAAUUAAUUUUUUUAUUUUAGCUUGUUAAACGAAAUAAAAUAAUGAUAGAAGAAUCAAAAGAUACAGUUACCGUGUCACCAUCAUUAAUAGUGCGUAUGCUUGCUUAUUUCAACCAAUUGAGACGAGGUAAAUAAAUGCAUCAAAUAAUAUAUUUGUAUAGUUUUCUUAUUAGUUUAAAAGCUGAAACAAUAAUAAAUAUGUUCAUUCAGAAAAAACAUAUAUUCUAUUUACACAGCUAGUUUUUUUUCCACAACAAAAUAAUUAAUAAUAUAUUUUUUCUUGUAAAUAACCUUUUGCUAGAAUAAUAUGUUGCAUUUGAAAAAUGAUAUACAACUACGCCAAUCAUGUUGAAAUAAUAUCUGAACAUAACUUUUCUUCAAUGGCUAUCUUCAAAUUAAUUAUUGUUUGAGUUUUCCCCCUUUUCUGUAUACAAUAUUUUUCAAAAAACUUAACAAAAUUAACAAAUAAAGGUUUGUUUUCAUUAAAAUUAUUAUUAAGGAUCUAAAGUUAUCAAAUCAAAAUGUUUGGACAUAGUUGAACAAACAUUAAUAUUUAAAAUAUUUUUGUGUUUGAAUCUAAUAAGGUUUUAAUUUUCUCUAAAAAACUAAAUAAACAUACCUAUAUUUAUCUUUUUAAAUGAGUAUAGUUUUUUCUGAAAUAAAAUUUUUUUGAUUUACUUGAAUAAUAAAAAAAAAAUAAUGUGUUUAUAGAUUGUAGAUUAAUUAAAUGCCGUAAUUAAUAAUUUUGCUAAAAAGUUACAUACAAAUUUUUUUUUCUUGUAAAUUUGAUUAUUAAUUAUUGAGAAUUUGUGUGUAUUUAACUUUGUAUUUUUGUAACAUAUGAAUUGCUUUAUCUAAAUUUUGUAUAUAAGUUUUUAUCAGUGGCAAAGCUUAGAAAUUUACGUAGACAAAUAUAAUUUUUUUAUUGGUAUAUUUUCAUGGUUUGUUCUUAUUAGAUCCAAGAGUAUUUAGAAUGAUUUUAAUGGAAAUUUAACUUCUAAAUAAAGCUGACGCAGGAAAUGUUUUCUUAAAAUACAUAAAUUGCACUUUUUUUGUUUAUUUCUAAUAUCCAUGUAGUAUCUAUGUGGGAAAAAAAAAUUAUAUUUAUGCUAUAAUCAAUUAUUUCUAUGUGGGGGACACCUUUAGUUUUUUUUUCCCAUUCAAUACUGGGCACUGGCAAAGUUGGGUAACACUAGUAUAAUAUAUAAAGCUAUUUAAAAUAUUAAGUAUCAUUGUUCCUUGUAUUUUUGAUAUCUGUGGUAUACCGUAGUAUCAUAUCGGUCAAGGUUGAAUUAAGACUGGUUCAGUGAGCCCAGGGCAGAACUAUAAGAACUAUAUUUUGUGUACAUUUAUGUUCUACAAACACUUGAAUAAACAAUUUAUAUACUCGUAAAAUGAUGAUACUGUGAGCGUUACAUCUAUAGAGGCCAAAAAGGGGAGGUGUCUUUAUCGAGCUUGUCAGCUUGUUCACGUUUAAAAUAUAGUUGGGUGGCCAGAUUUAAUGAUGUCUACAUUUCCAAUAUCAAUUUUCCCAAUUCACCAUUGAGGAUAACCAUUUCUUUACUUAUGUUUGUUAUUUACAAUUAUUUUAUUAAAGUAUAAUAAUUAAAAAAAACAUGUGCCAUUUGAGAAACAACAUUAGUCGCUAUUUAACGGAAUCAAAAUAAAAUUUGUGUUCCACAAAAAAUGACACAAGUCACUAACAUUUUUCCAUUAAGAAUUGGUUAUUUUAAAUUUCAAUGAAAAGAGAAACAACAUACAUCACAUAGGAUAAGUAAGAAAAUUAUUAUUUAAUACAUACCUUAAUAUUUCAACAUUAAUUUGAUGUUAUAAAACAUGUUAUUUUUUUUUUAAAUAUAAAAUUAAUUUUUAAAAUAUUUUUAGAACUAAUGUAAAAUAAAUUAAAUAAUUAAUAUAUGGUUUCAAAAUUUAGUGCUUACUAUUUUCCAACUCUAUCAAAUCAUAAAUUUUAGAAACAAGUUUAAGUUAAACAAAUAAAAAAUUAAACACCUAUAAUACCACCCAAAUACUGUAGUUAACAUUUUUUAAUGGAAUAAUUUUGGUUUAGGAAACUUUACACAAAUCAUGUCGUUUUUUAGUACCUGUGUUCUACUUUAAGUUUACUAUAAAGUUUAAAGUUGUUUUCCACAAAUAUGGAAUUUAUGACAUAUGUUGUUUUUCAAAUGACUAGUUCAUUUAUGUUCUUACUUAGUAGAUAAUAAAGUAGUACAUAAUUUUUAUUGAUUAUCUGUAAGUUAGUUUAUAUAUAAUUGGCUAUAAUAUUAUUUAAACUACUAGAUUUAUUGCAAUAUGCAAAGUUUUGGUGGUAAAACAAAAUCUUGAUACAUUGUUGCAAUGAUAUUUUACAAAAUGACUGCAACUUGUCCGAAGUCCUGGUGCUCUCAUAUAUAAAUACCCAUAAAUAACUACAUACCUAUGUAGUAUACCUAAUAUAGUAUAUCUAUACUAUAUUUAUAUCUUUGUACUGAUAAAAAAAGUGUUUAACAAUAUAAACAAUUCCAUAAUAUAACUAGUAUAAAAAAUGUUAAUGAGACACCUUUCUUAUUUAUGCUUGCACGGCUCUCUUUCAGUGCCCAACGGGUUGCCAGGUUUUAUUUUAGAGACACUGGAAGAAUAUUCUCUCCAAGGCCCUGAGUGGCAAUAGUUCAUCACUCUGCCAAUACGCUAUUGUAUGUAUGUAAAUAUUAUAUUAUAUACUGAUUAUAUUUUUUUUAUUGUUAAUAAAGCAACAAUAAAUUAUAAUUAUAUGUGUACAAAUGUAUAUACAGAAUAAAGUAAAUUGUAGAAACACACAUGUUUUGUUCAAAACAUAUUUAUAAAAUGGCUACCCAUAUAAGAUUUACAUAAGAUGUAAAAACAAUUUUUUAAAUAUUUAGAUUUUGUAUUUUUAGUUAAAAAUGUAAAAUAGAGGAAUCAUAACUCAAGGCUCUAGUAAUUAUUACUAGAAAACUUCGAAAUAUUGAACAGAAUAAAAGUUAUUUCAGGUUUUAGAUCUUGUGUGUAUAAAUUAUAUUAUACUCAUUAAGUCCUUAUUUUUGAACUUUCAUAUUUUUUUUUUCAACAUUUACAUAUUUUUUUCAUAUAUUAGAAAGUAAUUUAGGUUAAAUUUGGAAUGAUGAAACCCUUUCUCUUGUCGAAAAAGGUAUAUAAUAUGCAAAAGAGGGUAGUUUUAUAGUUUUCGAAUUUGAAUGAAAAUAUGUAGCAAUAACUAUAUAAACGUAUAUGACCUGAAUUGUAAAUUAUAAUAUUAAUUAUAAAAAUGUCCUUACACAAUUUUUCGAAAUCCAUUAUUUUUCUUUAAAAAUAAUUUAAAAAAGUAUAUAUCACUAUUUUAAUAAUGAACACACAAAUUCUAUGCAUUUUAUUUAAUCAUUAGUGGUAUUUAAAUAGUAGACUACCAUAAGUUGCAUAUAUAUGACUAACAAUAAAACAGUUAAUUCUUUUAUGAUUUUUGCUAAUUAUUUUUUUAUAAGAAAUACAAUUUUAUAUAUUUUUAUACAAAACAACUAACUUAUUUUCAAUAUAUUAAAUAAAUUAAAUAUUUUGGUUUUUUAUUUUUCUUGUGUAAGAAUUUUUCAUAGCUUUUAUUAUAAUUUACAAAUAAUGUGUUAUAUAUUUGUAUGUAUAUAUUUUCAAUUAAAUAUGAAAAACUAUAAAACUAACUAAUUUUGCAAACUUUUAACAAUCAUGAGACACGAAAAUAGGGCCAUCAUCGCCAAAUUUAACCUGAAUUACUUAUAUUAAUUAAAUAAAAGAGGUGUCCUGAAAAUAAAUAUUUUGAAACUUCUAAAUUAAAAACCUGCCUAAUAUCCAUGUAUUAUUAAUCAUAUAUUUAUAAGUAUGUACAUGGGCCUAGUUUAUAUAAAAUGUUUGGUAAACAAUGUCUCUUUAUUCAUAAGUAGCUUCGCCACUGAGUUUUAUGUAUUAACUUAAUUUAGCUUUUGUUUUAAAUAAUCAUGGAUUUUUACACUUAAGCUAUAAACAAUAUUUUUGUCAUUAAAAAACUAAAUUGAUAUGUAAUUAAAAUAAAUUUUGUAUGUCAUAUUAAAUUAUAUUUCAUAUUUUUUUUAAAUAUAAUUACUUUAAGUCUUGAAACUUUAUCGGUUGUUAUCUAGUCAAAUAUUUAUUGUUUAUCUAAUAGACUUUACACUUGAUUUGGGAUUUUCUGUGUUUGCAUAACAUUUAGGCUUUGUACUUUUUUUGUAACCAUCUUUAAAUAAUUUUAAUUCAAUACAUAGCACUUAAAUGUAAAUUAUCUAGUUAUACAUUAUUUCAGAGAAUGAUCUUCUCUCCACAGUUAGUUCUCUGGUAAACAUUCUGUUGUACUUUUCAGAUGCACAAAUCGAAGUUACGAUAUCUAGUGAAGAACAACAUACAGAUAGUUCAUAAGUAACUAAUGAUGAUAUUAUUUAAAUAUAGAUUAUGCCAAAAUUAUGGACUAUAGACUUUAGACAUGUUUUGACUUCAACAUAAAAUAUUUAUUCCAUACAUUUUAUAUAGAAAUAGUUUUUUCUCUAUA